UUUGUGUCGAGGGGAAAAUAAACCAUUUCAGGAGUAAAAACACAGUGAGUAUCUAAAUCUAAAGCUAUAAUAUAUAAACACAGUGAGUAUCUAAAUCUAAAGCUAUAAUAUAUAAACACACUGAAGUGACACUAGAUGCAGAAGAGUUUUGUGGGUUUGUACUGAAGGUUUAAUGUACACAGGUUGUUUUAGGGCUUGAUACCGUGACUAUUUCCUGUAAGUGAACUCUGUGCUGAUACAGGGUUUGAUUUAACACACCGAUGUUGGAGUGAAGUAAACGUGUGUCCUGCUGUAAUCUGGAGAAGGAGACAUGACCUCCAACAUGAGUGUGUCUGGAAAACAGGACUUAAAGAAAGACGAGAGAAUGAUGGAGGGAAAGAGAUCAGACUCACCAGAACCCAGCUGUGUGUCCAUGAAGAGUGAGGAGUCAAUGGGAUUUCCACUUAACUUCAGAGACAGAGGCAGUUCUACUGAUGUGAGACCAAAAAAGAAGAAAUCAGACAUCAGCAGAAAUCAGUUGGAGUCCAUAUUCAAGGAGCUGGAACACAAAGUCAUCACUCUGAUAAAGAAUGAGCUGAAGAGGUUUAGGAAGCUCCUGAGUCCAGAUUACCCAGCAUGCACUGAGAGGGAGGUGGAGGAUGAGGAGGAUCUGCACAGUGUCAGAGAGGGAGCGCUGAAGAUCACACUGCACGUCCUGAAGAACAUGAACCACACAGAUCUUGCUAACAUACUGCAUAACAAGUCUGUGGCCUCUGUGUAUCAGCCAAAGUUGAAAUCCAACCUGAGAGAGAAGUGUAAAAGAAUUAAUGAAGGAAUCUCACAGCAUGGAAGCUCAGCACUUCUGAAUGAGAUCUACACAGAGCUCUACAUCACAGAGGGUUGGAGUGGAGACCACAAUAAUGAACAUGAGGUGAGACAGAUUGAGACAGCGUCCAGGAGACCAGCAACACAGGAAACACCCAUCAAAUGCAAUGACCUCUUUAAAGACAAGUCCAUCAGAACUGUGCUGACUAAAGGAGUUGCUGGAAUUGGAAAAACAGUCUCUGUGCAGAAGUUCAUUCUGGACUGGGCUGAAGGAAAAGCAAAUCAGGACGUCACCUUCAUGUUUCCACUUCCCUUUAGAGAGCUGAAUUUGAUGAAGCAGCAAAAUCUCAGUCUGAUGAAUCUUCUUCAUCACCUUUUCCCAGAAAUGAGAAAACUACAAUUAAUAGACUCCUACAAAGUGGUGUUGAUCUUUGAUGGUCUGGAUGAGUGUCGACUUCCUCUAAAUUUCCAGAACAAUGAGAGAUUGUGUGAUGUGACAGAGUCAGUCUCAGUGGAUGUGCUGCUGACAAACCUCAUCAAGGGGGAUCUGCUUCCCUCUGCUCUCCUCUGGAUAACCUCUCGACCAGGAGCAGCCAAUCAGAUCCCUCCUGAGUGCGUAGACCAGGUAACAGAGGUACGAGGAUUUAGUGAUCCUCAGAAAGAGGAUUACUUCAGGAAGAGGAUCAGUGAUCAGAGCCUGGCCAAUAAAAUCAUCACACACAUGAAGUCAUCAAGAAGCCUCUACAUCAUGUGCCACAUCCCAGUCUUCUGCUGGAUUUCAGCCACUGUUCUAGAGAGAAUGUUGGUUGAAACAGAGAGUGGAGAGAUCCCCAAGACUCUGACUCAAAUGUUCACACACGUCCUGAUCUUUCAGAUCAAACACAAGGACCAAAAGUACCAUCAGAACUGUGACCCUGAUCCUCAGCAGACCAGAGAGAGUAUCCUGGCCCUGGGAAAACUGGCUUUCCACCAGCUGGAGAAAGGAAACCUGAUCUUCUAUGAGGAAGACCUGAGAGAGUGUGGCAUUGAUGUCAGAGAAGUGUCCGUGUACUCAGGAGUGUGUACCCAAAUCUUCAGAGAGGAGUUUGGGCUUCACCUGGGGAAGGUGUUCAGCUUUGUACAUCUGAGUGUUCAGGAGUUUCUGGCUGCUUUAUAUGCAUUUCUCUCCUUCAUCAGCAGAAAUGUAACAGAACAACAAACCACUUAUCUGUCAGUUCUUUUCAGAAAGUCAAACAUGUCUGAUUUCCUCAGGAGUGCAGUGGACAAGGCCUUACAGAGUGAGAAUGGACACCUGGACCUGUUCCUUCGCUUCCUUCUGGGUCUCUCCCUGGAGUCCAAUCAGACUCUCUUACGAGGCAUAAUGCCACAGACAGGAAGCAGCUCUCACAGCAAACAGGAAACAGUCGAGUACAUCAAGGAGAAGAUCAGGGAGAAUCCAUCUCCAGAGAAAGCCAUCAAUCUGUUCCACUGUCUGAAUGAACUGAAUGAUCAUUCUCUAGUGCAGGAAGUACAAACUUACCUGAACAGAGGAGAUUACUUUUGUCUCAGUGGAAGCAGACUCUCUCCUGCUCAGUGGUCAGCUCUGGUGUUUGUGUUACUGAACUCAGAACAGGAGCUGGAGGAGUUUAAUUUGAGGAAAUAUGACCCAUCAGAUGAAUGUCUUCUGAGUCUGCUGCCAGUGGUCAAAGCCUCCAGAAAAGCUGUGCUGCAUUGGUGUAAUCUGACAGAGGAAAGCUGUAGAGCUCUGUCCUCAGUUCUCAGCUCAAACUCCUCCAGUCUGAGAGAACUGGACCUGAGUAACAAUAAACUGCAGGAUUCAGGAGUGAAGCUGCUCUCUGCUGGACUGGAGAAUCCACACUGUACACUGGAGAUACUGGAGCUGCGUGACUGUAAUCUGACAGAGAAAAGCUGUAGAGUUCUGUCCUCAGUUCUCAGCUCAAACUCCUCCAGUCUGAGAGAACUGGACCUGAGUUACAAUAAACUGCAGGAUUCAGGAGUGAAGCUGCUCUCUGCUGGACUGGAGAAUCCACACUGUACACUGGAGAUCCUGAGGAUGUUGGGCUGCAGUAUUACAGAUGAAGGUUGUGCUGCUCUGGCUUCAGCUCUGAGGUCAAACUCCUCAUCACACCUGAGAGAACUGGAUCUGAAUGGUAAUAAUCCAGGAGAAUCAGGAGUGAAGCUGCUCUCUGAUCUACUGAAGGAUCCACACUGUAAACUGGAGGCACUACUAAUUAAGGACCGUAAACUCACCAGGACUAGCAUAUGACAGGAGUCAUGGGAGCUGAAUCGUUCAUAUUCAGAUGUAGAAGUUCCAUAACAAUAACCGUGACUGAUCACAUCCUUUUAUCCACUCAGCUACAAGUUACUUCAGGCUUUAAUAACAUAUUUUACAAUCCAAAGACAAAUCCUUCAGCAUCUACACACAACACAGAGAUAUCAUCACAUCAUCACACUAAUUACACAAAUACACAUCCAUGUGUUGUAGCUGUUUAUAGCUUAAUUUUAACCCCUUGUUUUUGUCUAACAUUCGUUUCUCCACAGAGGAUUGAUUCACAGUUGUGAUAUAUUUUUUUUUCCUUAAAAAAUAUUUUCAAACCUCUGUUCUUUGUUUGCUAAUUUGUGUUUACAUGGUAACCAUGGUAACAGCUUGGUUAUGGAAUUCGUUGUUAUGGAAAUUGACCUCACUUCUAUCUGACCGGUUCCUUGGGUCCAGACCAGCAGGGUUCUUGUCCCAGACUUGAACAGUUUUUGAUGAACAAUAACUGGAUAUUUUUUGGUGGAAAAAGUACAGAAUGGUUCCAGCACUGGUACCUUAUUUCAGUACAAAAACAUACACAUUAUCUGAGUCUACAUGAAAUCAUGUCCAAAAUGUAAGCUCACAUCACUUAGCAUGACAUCACUUCCUGUACACAUGACUACAAUGAACACCUGAAGCCAAAGAAUGUAGAAGCAGCUGAAAUGUUAUGAUAUCAGAUUGUACUGAUUUUUCAUCACAGAGAGUCUCAUGAAGAACAGAAGCAUGAAAUAAACCUCUGCCUUCCUUCCUGCUAAUAAUUAUGAUGAUGAUGUUAAGAGAUUAAUAAUGUUCUUCUCUGGUGAUCAGUUCACAACAUGGCAGGACUUCAUUAUUCUGUAAUCUCACACCAGCUAAUUACAGUAGAGAUAUAUAUGAGUGUAAGUAAGCUCAUGUGAUAAACCAAGUGAAAGAGCUGAACUAGAAAGUAACAUCUAUCACUGCAUCUAAGUCUGACUGUCUAAUAUAUUUUGAUUUAAAAAACUGUAACUGAAAAGCUUUAAGUACAUGCACUGUAUGUAUUCCUGUCAUUUAAUACAGUUUUGUAUAAAUGUUGUAUACACUCACUGUCCACUUUAUUAGGAACACCUGUACACAUUCAUGCAGUAUAUUGGCAAUUUAUUUCAUCAAAUAUACAAUAUAUAAGCAAAUAAGCAAAAAAAUAAAGGUGUUUUUAAUUUAUUUAUCCUCAUUAAA